UUUAGCUACCGUCCAUCUUCAGCUACAUCACAGUGAGCGAGCUUGUCGAAAAGAAAACACAAUUUGGAAGUAAAGAAGACUUUCUGGAAUUAGUUCUGGCUCUAUUUGAAAAAAGACAAACGAAAGCCCAUACCCUAGCUAACUUUGUGACAGACGGAAUGUGGACAUUGUCGUAGUCAGAGCCAUGGCUGACAAGAGAAAACUUCAAGGUGAGAUCGAUAGAUGUCUGAAAAAAGUAGCCGAAGGUGUAGAACAGUUUGAAGAUAUCUGGCAAAAGCUCCAUAAUGCAGCAAAUGCAAACCAGAAGGAAAAAUAUGAGGCUGACCUCAAGAAAGAGAUUAAAAAACUACAGCGAUUGAGAGACCAGAUAAAAACAUGGGUGGCCUCGAACGAGAUCAAAGACAAAAGGCAGCUAGUCGAGAACCGCAAACUUAUAGAAACGCAAAUGGAGCGGUUCAAGGUGGUGGAACGUGAAACAAAAACAAAAGCCUACUCGAAAGAAGGCUUGGGACUCGCUCAGAAAGUGGAUCCAGCUCAGAGGGAAAAGGAGGAGACGGGACAGUGGCUAACAAAUACGAUAGACACUCUAAAUAUGCAGGUGGAUCAGUUUGAAAGCGAAGUGGAGUCUCUUUCUGUUCAGACGAGAAAGAAAAAGGGCGACAAGGAGAAGCAGGAUCGCAUCGAUGAGCUGAAGCGGUUGAUUGAGAGACACAGAUUCCACAUUCGCAUGUUGGAGACCAUUCUACGAAUGCUGGACAACGACUCGGUGCCGGUGGACGCGAUCCAGAAGAUCAAGGACGACGUCGAAUACUACAUCGAUUCCUCCCAGGACCCAGACUUUGAGGAGAAUGAGUUCCUGUAUGAUGACUUAGACCUGGAGGACAUCCCUGCAAACUUAGUUGCGACUUCUCCGUCAGGUCAGGGCAACGUGGAAGAUGAGAUGUAUCUCCACUCCAGCAGCACUCCCACUUCCACCACCUCCUCUUCACCCAUCCCUCCAUCCCCGGCCACUUGCACUGCUGAGAACUCAGAGGACGAUAAGAAAAGGGGACGAUCGACAGACAGUGAAGUUAGUCAGUCACCUGUGAAGAACGGCACCCCAUCCUUGCUCUCCUCCUUCUCUUCCUCCACCACCUCCGGCUCCUCCUCGUCCUCCUCCCUCGUGUCCAUGGCGAGUGUUGUCGGAGGAAUCCCCGUGGUUCCCACGAGCAGCAGUCUUAUAGGAAGCUUCAGCAGCGCCGUACAGCAGCAUCAGCAUCAACCUGCGCAGCAGCAGCAGCAACCGCUGCCGCCGAACCCGUCGCAGCAGCAACAGCAGCAGCCGCCUCAAACAAAACCUUCUGUCCCCUCAAACAACACCCCCAGCCCGCCCAGUAACCCUCUGCUGCCGGCCUCCACCGCCCCCUCUCUCCCGACGCCCAGCACGCCCAGCUCAUCGGCUCCCAACUCCCAGUCUCAGCCCACGCCGGGGCCCACCUCGGCCUCCAGUUUGGGACUCGGCCUGGGGCUGGGCUUGAGCAAAGUCGGCAUGACGGGGACCAGCAGUGCCAACCAGAUGCCAGGUUUAGGCCUGGGGGGCCACCCCACUCCUUUAAACACAAUGGCAGGGCUCAUUUCGGGCUCCACACCUGCCCCUUACGCUCAGGCAGCAGCAUCUGGAGGCUUGGGUUUGAGCAGCACCACGCAGUCCAGCAUUUCAGUGGAGAGCAGCACUUCCAUCCCGACCUCUGGCUCCAGUGGAGUCACCACCAACGGGGCGGGCACCGGGCUCGGCCUGCUCGGCUCCAGUCCGGCCCACAGCUCUCUGAGCAGCAGCAUCUUGGGUCUGGUUCCCGGGCAGAGCGUGGCGCCCGGUGCCUCCCAGCUGCCUCCGAGUUCCGUCAGCUCGACCCCCGGAGUGGUCGGCAUGAUGGGAGGCAACGGAGGAAACGUGGGUGUGGUUGGAGGAGUCGGAGUGAACGCUGCUCCAGCUCGACCACCGAGUGGACUAAAGCAAAACGGAAGCACAAGUUACAGUGCUGUAGUGGCAGAGAGCUCCACAGAAUCAGCUCUAAGCACACCGAGCCAGUCACAAAGCAGCCAACCCUCGUCUCUCAGUUCCUCCACCAGUCAGCCGAUGGACAACGGUCCCAGUUUAAUCAGCUCCAUCACGCUGCCUCCCAGCUCUCCGUCCCCGUCCUUCUCAGACAGCACACCGGGCGGAGGGAGUCUUCUCAACGGGCCCCACUCCUACACUCAGGCCUCCGAGGGCCUCAAGGCUCCGGAGCCGCUCAGUUCUCUGAAGGCGAUGGCAGAACGAGCAGCGCUGGGGUCAGGCCUGGACGGAGAGAUCCCCAACCUGCAUCUAACGGACAGAGGUCACCACGCUAGUCUACACACUGACUCUCUGAACAACAUCUUCUCCGGUUCCUCCGCCGCGUCCGGCACCCCCGCCGCCCCUCAGCCGUCCGUGUCGGAGGUCAGCAUCCCCCCAUCGCUGGGCGUCUGUCCGCUGGGCCCCACCCCGCUGCCCAAAGACCAGCUGUACCAGCAGGCCAUGCAGGAGUCUGCGUGGACACACAUGCCUCACCCCUCCGACUCCGAGAGGAUCAGGCAAUACCUGAUGAGGAACCCGUGUCCCACUUUGCCCUUCCACCACCAGAUACCACCGCAUCACUCGGACUCCAUCGAGUUCUACCAGAGACUGUCCACAGAGACUCUGUUUUUCAUCUUCUACUAUCUGGAGGGUACCAAGGCUCAGUAUCUGUCUGCCAAGGCGCUGAAGAAACAGUCGUGGAGGUUUCACACCAAGUACAUGAUGUGGUUUCAGAGGCACGAGGAGCCCAAGACCAUCACUGACGAGUUUGAACAGGGCACUUACAUCUACUUUGACUACGAGAAAUGGGGCCAGAGGAAGAAGGAGGGGUUCACCUUCGAGUACAGGUACCUCGAAGACCGAGACCUGCAGUGACGGACGGACGGAGGGACGCGAGAGGACGGAGAGACAAAACGUGCUGCUGUUGACAUUCCGAGACUGAACUCCAAACUGUGGAUAGAGAUUGUGAUGUGUAGUAGAAACCCUCUCCUGAAGCGGAGACUGGUGUCUGUAUAGGCUGCAUCUCGACGCCAAGCCCCCGCCGCUCGCGUCGCGCUUUGCUUUUGACGUUAAAAAUCGCCCCGUGGGUUCGGUCAAACGCUGGGCGCUGCGCGAGCCGGGAGGCUUCUCGCCGGAGAUCUGCGUUCGUGCCUGUCUGUGUGCACACUCAGUAUGUGGCAUUAGGAAAGCCUACCCCAUGCAUGUUUCUCAUGUUUUGUUUUCUUUUUCCGUUUCGACAUGAUUCUCUGUACCACCGACCCAACAUGAGCCUGGAAGCCUUUGACUUGACACAAAACAAACCUGAUUGUUAAGUGAACUGCCCAUCUUGUAUUUACUGUAAUCUGGUGGUUUAGAGCGGGGACGGACAGUGGACAUUUAGUCUGGGUGCGUAGGAACGGCUUCUUUAAGACCCUACGAUGCCUGUUUGAACAUGGUCACUAUUAGAGAUAUAGUGAGCGUUUAUCAAUAGUUUUAUUGAUACUGUCUUGGUCGAUUAAAACGCUGAUUGAGAGUGACCACAGGGCCUCUCCCUGUGACAGGGAAAGAGUCCUUAUUGGACAAGGAUUAAAUUGCUAUGCAAUUGAACUGGUCUCUGACUCCCUCUCUUUACAAAUAAAAUGUUUUUGAGUUAACCUGUCAAAGAAAAUGCAUUAUUACGGCGCCUUCAUGUUUGUGACAAAUUAAUAAACUUGUAAAAUAAACCUUUAAGAGAAAACAGAACAACAUUAAUGAUGUUUGAUUCUCACAGCAGAAAGGCCACGCUGAGCGUCCUGAAUGUACCCCAGUCACCUCUAGUCACUGAACACACCGGUAGCAUUAGAUGAUCUGGUUCCAGUCAACCUCCACCUUCAGUUCAGCUCCUGUUCUGUUGUCACUUCGUCCUGAGCUCCGCCCAGUUAAACCCACCACCUGCUGUUUAAGUGAAACCCUAUACAGUGAAUGUGCACUGACAAAACUGUUUACAUGUAGAGUUGAAACCUAGAAACCCUAAAGCUCCGGUGGUGGGUUCAAGUCCGGCGGAGCAGGAAGCGUCUCGUGGUUGUUCACGUGCGACCCUGAAGAACAAACCUGCAGUUUGAAUGGACGGAGUGUUAAAACUGAAUCCGACUUUUUCCGUUUCAGCAACCAUGAAAACUUCAGAUCUGUACUGCGGUUAACAUUUAUGUUGUGUGUGAUUAGUUUUCAGGCUUUUUUUGGGGGAGGGAAAAGUCGGGGGGGAAAGGAGGAUGUGAAAAAAAUGGAAAAUGCAGCAAAGUUCUGAGAGAUUUGCCUUUUAUAGAUUCUAUUUUUUGGGCUUUCGAGGUUUUCAGAAAGGGAAGGUCAGUUGAGAAAUUGCUAAAAUGUGAAUUUCAAGACGUAUUUCCAAUUUUUUCUCAUCACAGUUCUGCAUGGGAGAUGUCAUACAACGGGGUUAUAACAGGAUUGUAAAAUUUCAAUAAAUACUUUUAAGAAAUGA